UAUGGUCGCUGAAGAAACCAGCUUGGUCUGUGUCUCCACCGAGUAAGGCCGAACGCCUCGGGCUAGGGGAGGAAGCCUGAAGAAGAAUGGCCAGCUCCACUUCUCACCACAUGGUCUGUGGGUCAGUAACACUUAGGGAUGUGGCUGUUGAGUUCUCUCAGGAGGAGUGGGCCUGCCUGGAUGCUGCUCAGAAGGUCCUAUACAGGGACACGAUGUUGGAGACCUACAGCAACCUCGUGGCAGUGGUGGGAAGCUGCAUUUCCAAGCCCGAUCUGAUCGUCUUACUGGAGCAGCAGAAAGAGCCCUGGAUGGCUGUGAAGGAAGAAACAGACAGGCUGAGCCCAGACUUGGAGACGGAUUAUGAUGCUGAAAAUUUAUCACCAGAAAAUCCUAUUAAUAAUAGAAAAUUUCUCAAACAGAGCAUAAAGCAAUUAAGUAGAACUUUUGACCCUAAGGACUCUAGUACUAGUAAUGGCCCCAACUAUAGUACAUUCUAUGGACUGCAGGAUUGUCAAGGAGAUGCUGGCCCACAGAUUACUAACAAGGCAGAAAUGCCUGCUCAUACCUGCCAGACUCUUGCUCACAACAUAGAAAAGCCAUAUGAAUGUAAAGAGUGUGGGAAGUGCUUUGGUUGUAGGUCAACUCUUACUCAGCAUCAGAGUAUUCACACUGGAGAGAAGCCCUAUGAAUGUAAGGAGUGUGGGAAGGCCUUCAGACUCCCGCAACAGCUUGCAAGACAUCAGAAGUUUCACAGUGGUGAGAAACCUUUCAAAUGUAAUGAAUGUGGAAAGGGUUUUCAUCUUCCUGACCUGCUCAAGUACCAUAAAACCAUUCACACAGGUGAAAAACCAUUUGAGUGCAGGGAAUGUGGGAAGUCCUUCAACCGAGUCUCCAACCUGGUCGCACAUAGGAUUAUUCAUGCAGAUGUGAAACCAUACGAAUGUAAUGAGUGUGGGAAAGCUUUUAAACGGCGCUCAAACCUCGUGCAGCAUCAGAAAAUUCAUUCUGAUGAGAGACCCUUUCAGUGCAAGGACUGUGGAAAGGGCUUCAUUGUUCUGGCCCAGCUCACACGGCACCAGAACAUUCACACUGGGGAGAAGUCAUUUGAAUGUCAUGAAUGUGGGAAGGCCUUCAGACUCCCCCAGCAGCUUACAAGACAUCAGAAGUCUCACAGUGGUGAGAAACCUUUCAAAUGUAAUGAGUGUGGGAAGGCUUUUCAUCUUCCUGACCUGCUCAAGUACCAUCAGACCAUUCACACAGGCACAAAACCGUUUGAGUGCAGGGACUGUGGGAAGUCCUUCCACCGAGUCUCCAACCUGGUUGAACAUAGGCUUAUUCAUGCAGAUGUGAAGCCACACAAAUGUAACGAGUGUGGGAAAGCCUUUAAACGACACAAAAGCCUCACGCAACAUCAGAAAAUCCAUUCUGGUGAGAGACCCUUUGAGUGCAAGGACUGUGGGAAGGCCUUCAUUGUUCUCACUCAUCUCACACGGCACCAGACUAUUCACACUGGGGAGAAGUCAUUUGAGUGCAAGGAAUGUGGCAAGAAAUUCAGAACUGCCACACACCUGGUUAUGCACCAGACUAUUCAUACCGGCGAGAAACCCUUUGGAUGUAAUGUAUGUGGGAAGGCUUUUCGGCUUCAGGUGUACCUUUCUGAACAUCAGAAAAUUCACAUUGAAGAAAAACCCUUUAAGUGUAAGCUCUGUGGGUCAGCCUUUAGACGUAAGUACCAACUUAAUGAGCAUUACACAAUCCAUACUGAUGAGAAACCCUAUCAGUGCAAGGAAUGUGGGAAAUGCUUUCGUCAAAGGUCAAAUUUUACAGAACACCAGAGUAUUCACACUGGAAACAAACCCUUUGAGUGUAAAGAAUGUGGUAAGUUCUUUAGACUUAAUACACUUCUCAUUCGCCAUCAGAAGUCUCACAGUGGUGAGAGACCUUAUGAGUGUAAAGACUGUGGAAAGACUUUUCAUCUUCCCAGUGAGCUUAAUAACCAUCAAAUUGUUCAUACAAGCAAGAGACCUUUUGAAUGCAAGGUAUGUGGGAAGUCCUUCAAGCGCGAAUCCACCCUCAUUCAACAUAGUGUUAUUCAUGCUGGUGUGAAAUCAUAUGAAUGUAAUGAGUGUGGGAAAGCCUUUAUCCAUCGCUCAAGCCUGUUCCACCAUCGGAAAAUUCACUCUGAUGAAAAACCUUUCAAGUGUCAGGAAUGUGGAAAGGCCUUUGUGGUUCUGGCGUAUCUCACUCGGCAUCAGAGCAUCCAUAAUGGAGAGAAACCAUUUGAAUGUCAGCAGUGUGGGUCAGCCUUCAGAUAUAAGUCCCAACUCAGUAAACAUCAGAGAAUUCAUUCUGAUGUGAAACUCUUUCAGUGCAUGGAAGGUGGAAAUGACUUUGUUCAUGGAACAGACCUUAGCAUUCAUCAGGGAAUCCAUACUGGUGAGAAUCCCUUUCAAUGUAAUGAAUAUGGAGAAGCUUUUAAAUACCAUUACCAAUUCCUUGGACAUUUUAGGAUUCAUUUGGACAAGAAUCCUUAUGAAUGUAAGGAAUGUGAGAAAUACUUCACACAUGGUAGAGAUAUUAAAGUACAUCAAAGAAUUCACACUGGUGAAAAACUAAUAGCGUUAAAAAUGUGGGAAGACUUUUAGUUGAAUAUGAAACUUGUUUUGACAGUCUAAGUAUAUUAUUAAUAAGACAUCUUAUGUAAGUAAAAUGAAAAGGCCUACAGUAAUUCUAAACUAGCUAGCUGUAUAUCAGAGAAUUUCUACUGAUGAGAAAUUCUAUGAAUAUAAGUAAGGUGGCAAAAUGUUAAGACUUAGUUCAGCCUUCAUGCAAUGGCAAAGUCAUAUUGAUAAUAAACCCUAUCACUGUGUAGAAUGUGCAAAGUGCUGUAAUUGGAGCUUAGAACUUCUUCAAAAUCAAAGAAGCCGUGCUGGUGUCAAAUGUAAUGAAUACAAGGAAUGUGGAAACAUUUAUAGAAUUAGCUGUUAAAGCUCAUGAGAGUUUGUAUAGGUCUGAAACCCUGUGAAUAUGAAGACUCAGGAAAAGCCUUUAUUGUAAAUGGUGAGCUUAUACAGCAUGAAGAAAUCCAUAAUCUCCAGGAGGCCAUUGUAUGUAAGGACGAAGGACAAGUCGGUGUAUGAAAAUGUUACUGAACACCAGUGAACUCAUCUUGGGAAGACUGUGACUUAAAAGAAUGUGGGGACUUUAAUCUGUUCUGGGAUUUGGUCAAUAUCAAAAUAUUCAUGUACUGUUGCUACCAAGAAACCCUUUGGGAUGAGUAUAUGGGGAGUCAGUUGUUCAGAGAAAAUACUCGGAUGAGAAUGUCUUUUAUUGUCAGAAAUACAAGGUAGUAAUCAUGUUCUUGAUUUACUCUCAUCUUCUUUGUUGUAUUAACUUAAUUCACUCAUUAGUCACUAAGGGCUGUCAACUAAGGGAAAGCAGUUAUUGCAACCAGGUUUGUCUGAGAUGCUUUCCCCCACCCCCAACAUGGUUCCUAAGAUAUUAGAGUAGAUUUUUACUUUUUGCAUAAUUUGUUUAUGGCCAGCACAGGACCAACCAAAGUCAUGGCAAUGGAUUUAUAAUAGAUAAUAAAAUCCUUGACAGUAUUUGGUCAGUGCCCAUGUUCUAUAAUACAGCUUUUACACAGUUCUGGUUUCAUGAGCAUUAUUGUAAUUGUCAUGAAAGCCUAAUUGCACUUUAGAUAGUUUAGGAAAGCCUCAUGCUUUUACCCACUAUUAAAAUUUAAAUAACUUUUCUGGAUACAUGUAAUGGACAGUUAGGAACAUGAACGUAUUUGAAUUGUGAGUCCAUUUAUUAAGUAUUUGUGUGGUAACGUUUUAAAACACAGUCACUGAUGAAUAAGUACUUUCUAAAGGGGUAAAAACCAUAAAAAGUUAAAAUCCUAUUAUUUAUGCCCUCUCCACACAUGAAGAUAAACUAUACAUUUGUGAUAGGACAAGAAAGUUCUUGGAUCCUCCAUCUCUUACUCUUGCUGAGAACAUUUUAGCUUUAACUAGAAUUUGAUUCCCUUGAUGGAGAAUCUUGUAGAAUAUCCAAUUCUACUGGAGGUCAAAAUGCCUCUGAUAAAUUUAUUGUGGCUUCUGUUUAAACCUCCCACUCCAGCUGUCUGCUUAUCUUGGCAUCUGUUAAACUGCUUGCUUGGACAAAAGCUUCCCCUGCAGCUGCUGAGUAAGAUAAUAGAGUAUGGUUUUGUUCUAAAUGCUUGGGAUUAUACUUGGGUCCCAAAAUACCUAAAUGUACUCAGAGCUGACUGGAAUAAAGACUUUCAUUUGGCUCUAAA